UCUAUCCAAACAUCAACACUAGCUCCAUAAGGGAAUUUGAACAGCCCAAGAUAACAUAGGAAGGUCAUGAAUUAGCCUGGCUGUCCAAUAAUCAAAUUAUAAGAGAAUCUCACCUCUCCCUAGGUGCUUUACUUUAUUUUGCCUUACUUUCUUUACCUGAUGCCGAUCGAUCUAUAUUCGUACCGGUCACUUCUUUCAAGUUACACCGAGCCUUGCUGUUAUCUGCCCCAUCUUCCUUAACCACUCAUUCUGUUUCACUACCUACCUCCUUGGGAAACCGAUGCGAUACUUUCGUCCUUUAAAUACUUGCUUACGUGGAAUUCGUUCUUGUACCUCUUUUCAACCCUUCGCACAAACUCUCAACAUUCGCAUUCGAUAUUCAUCUACUUUCGCCAGUACGUGCAUUGCAAAUCCAAGUAGCGCUCUUCUAUGUUGUCGCUUGGGGCUAACGAGGUCUUAGAAACAGAUAUGGAGACUAUCAAUACUACGGAGCGCUUGGCGGCGUUGAGGGAUCUUAUGAAGAAGAACAAGGUCGAUGUUUACAGUAUGUAAGUCACCUAGUGACCAUAGCGACCACUCUUCUACGAAUGAACCUUGCCUAACCGUUAUAUAGUCGUUCCUUCAGAAGAUAGCCAUAGCUCGGAAUAUAUCGCAGCGUGUGAUGCGCGGAGGGAAUUUAUAUCGGGGUUUUCAGGAUCCGCUGGAUGCGCCGUAGUGACCUUGGACAAAGCUGCUUUGGCCACGGAUGGUAGGCUAUGAUAAUCCGUCCGCGUAAAGACCCUACUGAAUAUUCUGUAGGUCGAUAUUUCAACCAAGCCUCGCGCCAGCUUGACAGUAAGUAAUUUGGUAACAUUGCUCAACUAUAACCCACGGAGACUGGGAAACUAAUCGUGGCAUUUAGGCAAUUGGCUUCUUUUGAAACAAGGUCUACAGGAUGUACCUACAUGGCAAGAGUGGGCAGCUGAACAGUCCGAGAGCGGGAAAGUCGUUGGUGUUGACCCCACUAUCAUAUCUGCACCUGACGCUCGAAAGCUCUUAGAAAAGGUCAAAAAGCGUGGCGGGUAAGCUUGAGAAAUUCAUUUACCUCCAUCUAUAUAUGAGCGAUGCUGACUUAAUCGUUUUAGAAGCGACUUAGUUGCCGUGGAAGAAAAUCUGGUGGACCUUGUUUGGGGAGACAAUCGACCUUCCCGCCCGAAGGAGUCUGUUAAGGUUCUGGCGCGUGGAUUUUCCGGGAAAGAUGUCAAGACGAAGCUAGAGGAUCUCCGAAAGGAGUUGCAGAAGAAAAAGAGUGCGGGUUUUAUUGUAUCCAUGCUAGACGAGAUAGCCUGGCUAUUUAAUCUACGUGGAAGUGAUAUUCCUUACAACCCCGUUUUCUUUUCCUACGCUUCAGUCACACCGUCAUCCGCCACUCUUUAUGUGGAUUCAAGCAAGUUAAGCGAAGAAUGCACAGCACAUCUCAAUGAUAACGGUGUGUCCAUCAGAGACUAUUCGAAGAUAUUUAGAGACGUCGAGGUCUUGAGCCAAUCUUUGGACUCAGAAGACGCCAAGCUUAAGAAGUUCUUGGUAUCAAGUAGGGCAUCAUGGGCAUUGAAACGCGCUCUUGGCGGUGACUCUAAAGUCGAUGAAGUCCGAAGUCCAAUCGGUGAUGCUAAAUCUAUCAAAAAUGAGACCGAAUUAGAAGGAAUGAGAGCUUGCCAUAUUAGAGAUGGAGCAGCACUUAUCGAGUAUUUCGCAUGGCUUGAGCAUCAGCUGGUAGUGGGAAAAGUAGAGAUGGAUGAAGUUACUGCGGCUGACAAACUUGAGCAACUGCGGUCAAAACAGAAGCAUUUUGUUGGAUUAUCAUUUGACACAAUAUCCUCUACAGGAGCCAAUGCAGCAGUCAUUCAUUACAAACCCGAACCCGGUAACUGCUCAAUCAUUGAUCCGAAGGCUGUAUAUCUAUGCGAUUCCGGGGCUCAGUACUUUGAUGGAACUACUGACACUACUCGCACACUUCAUUUCGGUGAGCCAACAGAAAUGGAAAAGAAGGCCUAUACGCUAGUUCUAAAAGGAAACAUUGCUCUAGACGUCGCAGUUUUUCCUAAAGGAACUAGUGGAUUUGCUCUCGACGCACUCGCUAGGCAGUUCCUCUGGGUAAGUCGUCCAAAUAUUUGACAUGGUUAUUAUCGUACUAACAAUCGAAUAGGAAGAAGGUUUGGACUACAGGCAUGGAACAGGCCACGGAGUCGGUUCUUAUUUGAACGUCCACGAAGGGCCAAUAGGAAUUGGAACUAGGAUUCAAUACUCAGAGGUCCCGUUAGCACCUGGAAACGUCAUAUCGAACGAACCUGGAUACUACGAGGAUGGCUCUUUUGGUAUUCGGAUUGAGAACAUUAUCAUGGUGAAAGAGGUCGAGACGAAACAUCAAUUUGGCGAUAAGCCAUAUUUGGGCUUUGAGCAUGUCACAAUGGUGCCAUAUUGCCGAAAACUCAUAGAUGAGUCUCUUCUGACCCGAAGAGAAAAGCACUGGUUGAACGAGUAUCAUGCCGACAUCUAUUCUAAAACUAAGGAUUUCUUCAAGGGAGAUGAAUUGACCAUGAGUUGGCUAGAGCGGGAGAUUGAGCCGUUGUAAAUGUGCAUGGAGGGGUAUAUUGCCAGUGGGCAAACGAAAGGGGGCAUGAGACAUCCCCUGACAACAUAGCAGACAUAUUUACUUUACAGCGUAUUUGAUAGUGCAGAAGGUUUCACUGUUGUACUUGCAUCAAAUGAAGAAACUCCACUAUAUUGAAUUU